AUGGCUUCCCAGAAACGAAUCACCAAGACCAACACGCUCCCGAAAACGAAACGAGGGAAAAUAGCUGACAGGUCGACCGCGCCCAACCCCCAGGAGCUAGCCGAGUGCAUGAACAACCCGCCGGAGGGCAUAUCAGUCGCCCUACCCAACGACUCGGACGUGCACCGCUGGCACGUGACGAUCUCGGGCCCGCCGGGCACGGCGUACGCGGGCGGCACGUUCGGGCUCGUGGUGACGCUGCCGGCCGAGUACCCGUUCAAGGCGCCGACGGUGCGCUUCUCGACGCGCGUCUACCACCCCAACGUGACCAACGACAGCCUGGGCAGCAUCUGCCUGGGCGUGCUCAAGGCCGAGAACUGGAAGCCCGCCAGCAAGAUGCUCGGCGUGCUCGAGGCCGUCCGCGCCCUGCUCGCCGAGCCGCAGCCCGACGACCCGCUCGAGAACCACAUCGCCGACGAGUACAAGCGCGACCGCGCCCAGUUCGACAAGAACGCCCGCGCCCACACGGCGAAGUACGCCAGGGGCCCGCCUUCGUUUGCCGCCGCCGCCAAGGAGACGACGACCCGGGCCCCCUAG